AUGAGUAAAAUUUUAGCCUUGGAUUUGGGUGAUCAAUGGGUAGGGGUAGCAAUAACAGAUGCAAGCAGAUUUUUUGCACGGCCCUUUGAAACAGUCACCUUAGUUGAAUUGGAACCUUAUCUAUUUAUUCUAUGGGAUGAACGAUUAAGUAGUAAACGUGCCGAAACGCGACAAAAUUUAAUUGAGCUGUAUACCUUAGAUAGUAUCAAAGUAAGUAAAUGCUUAUUGAUUACUAUUGAAACCAUAUUUAAAAAGUUUGAUAUAUCUUUAAAAGAUUUAUCAUUUUUAGGAGCACAUAUAGGGCCAGCACCUUAUACUACCUUGCGCGUAGUCUUAGCUACGCUUAAUGGUAUAAAUUUUGCUGCCGGAACUCCGUUGAUUGGAGUAAACGGUCUCACUGCUUUUCUCAAAUAUUUAGAUAAUACCCAGACCAAUAUUGUUUUAUUAAAUGCUUUUGGAAAUGAUCUUUAUUAUGGCAUUUCGUCUGUUAAGAAUCCAUCGUAUACUUUAGGUUCUGAAAAUGUUGAUAAACUGUUACAUAACAUAGCGCAAGAUAUUUCAGGUGAUAUUAAUUUUUGGGGAAAUGGUUCUAUUUUGUAUAAAAAAUAA